GAUUCAUAUUUUGAAGUAAGUAACGUAUCAGUUGUAGAUGAUACAGCUGUCGAAAAAUUUGAAAGCAACUUUCUUGUUUAACGAGUUGAAAGAAUAAAAUGUCAACUAAUGAAUUUAGUCGAUCUGGAGUAUAUGAAGACCCUCCUCCUCCUUAUGAAACCCUACAACCGGUUUUAAAACAACCAGUGUCUUAUGGAGCUACACCAGAUUUUACAAAUGUGGCUACGACCGCGUUCCCUCUUGCCUGUCUGUCAGGACUCGAAAGCCUUCGUGAACUCGACCAACUAAAUAUAGAAAUGGAACCAAUCGAAUAUUGUUCGUGUUCGUGUGAAUCCUUUUACUCAUACAACGUCAAAAACACCUUCGACCAAAACCUUUUCACGAUUUCACCAGUGAACUCAACCUGUACGUCAUACGACAUGCAACUCUUCGAUAGUUUUGGAAAUCCAGUAGUCCUCUUCCAAAGAUGCAGAGAGUGUUGUUCUGGCUUGAGAAUUGAGGUCACUCACAUGCAUGGCGCGCUGCUAGGCACCGUUCAGCUAGAAGCUGGAUUUUUGAAAUCUGCUUACAUCGUUGAAGACGGCAAUGGCCAAACUGUUUUCAAAGUGAAGAGAAGUCGUUUUCAAUUUUUUCCAAAGGAUGUUGACUUCAGUAUUAUGUCGGCUGAUGGAUCGCAAGAAGUUGGAAAAAUUACUUGGUUAUGGAGCGGAUGGAUGAGCGCGAGACACCUGUACAAAAUUGUUUUUCCAAAAGAUUUAUUGGUGGAAAUGAAGAUGGCUUUGUUAGCCGCUUGGUACAUGAUGGAGGAGGAUUAUCAAGAUAGUCAUCGCAAUCGUAGUACUUGAAAGUGAGUUCCUGGGACCAAACGACGAGUGAUUAUGUGUUACCGCUCUUUCUUGAGCCUACUUUUUACAUAUACUGUUAAGAUCUCUUUUACUCAGGAAAUUUAAAAAAUUAUAUAUAUUUAUAUAUUUGUAAAAAAUAAAGAUAUUUUAAAUA